AUGGAAGGAAGUCUGACGGCAGACCACUGGAUCGACAUGCCCGAGGGCUACGGCAUCUUCAUUCACAAGAAGCCCCAGGAGAAGGAUGGCAAUGUGCGAGAGGACACCUACAUGUUUGGCUCCACCAACAUCGGUUCGAACCGCUUCCGCUCUCCGCAGGAGUUCAUCCCUCACGCCGAGUGGCUCUUCGACACGUCGAAGCCGUUGAGCGACCACUCACAAUACAACAGCAGCAGCAAGCUCGCACAGGAGAGGAAGAGCGCCCAGGCGGCCAACAACGCUAAGCGCCCGAAGGGAGACGGACCGAAUCCGAAGCGGCCAAAGUAUGACGACCCGCUGGACACGAUUGUGGCCGAGCGAGCGACGGAUGCUCGGAGCCAACGGCGAUUCCGAGAACUUGUUUGGUUCAAGAUCGACCCGAUCAAGACGCCGAAGGGAAGCUCGCUUCCCGAGAUCACGCACUGGCCAGGACUCAUCGCCUCCCUCACGGAAAAGUCGGACGAAGACGGCUCAUCGGCCAACAACUCGCUUGCGCUCGCCUGGUCUGCGGCUGGCGGCGUCGCCCCCGCUCAUCUUCGUCGUCGCCGCACCUGGGAGCACUCGAUUCGUCCUCUGGGCAUGUUCAGCAACAGCCACGAAGUGAAGCGUGGCGUGAACGACGUUCUGCCGUGGUCUGCUGGCGUCGAGCUUCUCGGUGGCCCAGACGGCUGGCGCAAGCUGUUCGAGGAAGGCGACCGUGUUCUGCAGGAGGCUGCCGCCAAGGAGGCUAAGACGGAUCCGCCAAAGAAUGCCGAUGAGCUUACGGGGGCGUUACUCGAGGAACGCUGGAAGAAGCGCUGGGGCGAACGGAAGCGGUUCGCCGACCUGGGCCAGAACUGGGACAUGGCGGCGCUGCGUCUCACUGUCGCGAUCAAGACGGCCGAGACCGACAAGAUCGAGGUACUGCCCGCCGGGUCGACAUUGACGCCGGACGAGGUCGAGGCGCUCGAGAAUCGGAGGAAGAACCUCUUCCAGGGUCUGUGGUUCCAGGGCGAGCGUAUCUGGCUCGAGGACGUGGUGCGUUUGCGCAAGCGGCGAGCGGACCUUCCUGCGCAGCUGCGUGGAACAGCGUCUCCUGGUGCUGAGGGACGGGCUGUUUUCCUUCAAAUUCGUCUGAUUGCGCUCGAGGCGUUCGCGGAGGAGGGCAUGGAGGUCGACGCCUGGCGCUGUCUUCUGUACGGUGACCUGUACGAGCUCGCGCCGAAGGACUUUGUCGACACAGAUCCGAGCACGUCGCCUGCGCCCGACUCGCUGAAGGACAUCAAGGCGCCUCCCGGGUUCAAGUACCGCCGCCUGAACCCCGAGGGUUUCGAGGUGACAGUGGACGUGUUCGACCUCGCAGGCCGCUGCUACCCAGACCUGAUGACCUCGGGGUGGUUCUCCGAGUACCCGCAGCCGGGCAAGGCGACGGCGGGCGAGAACACAAAGGCGCUCGCCGGCCUGCGCACUGAGAGCGUUACGCCCCCGGCCGACUGCGCAUGGAAGGGUGAGCCGAACAGCUCCAGCGAUCAAGCUGACAGAACAGAGGACUUGUACGUGAUUGUGCGCGACGCGACGCAAGGCUUGGAGGCGCGCACACGCGAAGAGUACGCCAACAAGCUGGCGCGCGCCCUGGGCUGGGCCGAGCCGAAGCACGAGAACAAGAAGGCAGACGGUGUACAGAAUGGGCACUGA